AUGAUUACUGCAUAUAGAAGAUACAUUGUCUUUACAUUCCUUUACUCUGUUAGAGUACUAGGUACUGGUGCCACAUGCCAGAAGAUUAUUCAAUCAUAUUAUCAAGGCCACAGCAACUCCAGCCAAUCAGUCAAACAUAUCUACGGGACCUCUUUUCCAGGAGUGACAUGGGACGAGGAGAAUUGGCUUCUCUGCACGACAAAUCUCAACCAGGGCUAUCAUCAGGCUCGCGGCUCAGUGGCCAAUGGCUAUCUAGUCAUUAACGUUGCCGCUGUUGGCCUAUUCUUUGAGCUUAACGCUACAGAGAAUAAGGAAGUCGUUGAACCCCUUCUCUUAGUCAGAUGA